AUGUUCGAAGCCGAUGCCGAUGUGCCAACGUGGUAUGCCGACAGCGUUGAAAACCAAGAUGCCGCCAGCGCGGCUGCCAAGAGCGGGCCGGCCUUUCCCAGCGCCUCCCUCGGGAAUCAGGCAGAGCUCGAUGAAUUCGUGAACACCUUGAUGGGUUGUUCAAACCGCCAAGUGACUUACAGUCAAUUCAUGGCUGAGAUGAUCGCAGCCAAAAAGGCGGACAAUGACGAAGUGCUGUGGCGGAUGUUCAAGGAGUUGGAUUCCGAUAACAACAACUCCUUGGAUGCCAAUGAGAUCCGGGCCAUGCUGCAAAAGCCAAAGGUCCGGGAAAUCAUGGCCGACCGCUUCUUGGCAUGAGCAUCUUGUGGAACAGACCCAGGCCGACCCCACGGGGUCCACGGGGAGUGGCCCCAACACCCAAGGAUGGAAGAGAGAAAGGUCGGGGACGGCCCAGUCCCUUAAAAACCGUGGAAUCCGGUGUAUCGGGCCCCCAGAUGUGGCCGGGCCGUGAAAGAAACGGCCAAGGUCGAUGUGGCCAGAGAGUUGGAACAUGCACGGUUUGGAACAUGCACGGCGACCGGCCUCGUCCUUGGAUCCUUUUGGCACUUUUGAAUUGUACUGGAUAGUGUCAAGUCCUUGGUUUUUCGUCCACACCUGAGGAGUC